UACUUUGCUUACUUCCAGCCUGCUUCUCACAUUACACGAGCAGGAGACCCCGAGGGAAAAAGACGACGAAAGAAAGCAAUCGACGAAGAAAUAGGGUGCUGUUGAUCACUCGUUGAUCCUCGACCGGUCGAAGACCUACACGUAUGCAUACAUAGUCGAUCGUUUCUCCCUCCGCAACCAUCUGCAGGAACAGCCACCACCACCAAAAACCGCAAAGACUUCCUGAUUUGUAGAAUCCGAUCCGGUCCCGUUCGAUAUCAUCUAUCGAUUUCUGAAGAAUACCGUGACCUGUUUCUACCUACUUUACCCCAAGAUCCAUAUAGAGAAGGGAAGAAAAAGUUGCCCUUUUCCCCUCUCAGUUCUCUACUCUCUUGCCUCAUUUCAAACCCACAUACGUGUCUAUACCCACAACCAACGAACACAGUAUAAAAAGUCAUCAAAUAUGUCCGCAUCAAACCCCAUCACCAACCCACGACAACGGGAGCGGCAGCAAGGCACCCAGACCCAAGUCCAGACCGAGGUAUCUUCUGGCCCCGGAACCCAGACCGGCACCGCGACCCCCGCGUCGGUGCCCCCCGCCAUAUUGCGUCUGCGUGGCGCACAUCCACCUUCUGAUCACCGCGUCCAGUGGGCCGAGUCAGUGGUCGACAAUGAGGGGCUAGGACGGAAGCGGUCCAAAGUAUGCUGUAUAUAUCAUGCACCCCGCCAGCUCGGCGAGUCAUCCGAUGAGUCCUCUUCCGACGACGAUUCUUCGUCCUCGUCGGAUGCUGACUCGGACUCGGAAGGCGGUGGUAUCCCGGAUGACCCAAGGGAAAGGGCCCUGGCGGCUCGACGACAACGCCAGCGUCAUGAGCAUGAGCACAAUCACAAUCAUACUCAUGACCAUUUCCGUGAACACCGUAAUCAUUACCGUGACUAUAGUCAUGGAACAGGAGGGAACCAGCGUAGACGCAGGCCCAGUCCUAAUGCAUAUGAGAGGCAGCCCAAACAGAAGCCCAGGCCCAACCCCGGAGCCGGAGGCGAUGCUCGCCACCCGUCCGGUCGCGGCUCUGGGGGUAGACCGAGGUGAAGUGUAACCAACCUAACCGGGUCUGCUUCAUUGUCCCCCAAACCAAGGGUUUCAAUUGAGAAAAAGGCGACCCGAGUUAACGGUUAGGUACUUACGCAUGCAUAUGACCACCAUCGAUACGACCCCAUCAUCUAAUGUAGGAACCAC